GGCUGUUGUCCAUCUGAUAGUUCCGUCAAAGUUUCGUGCAAUUUAUUCCGAAACAGUUUACAUGUUUAUAUAACAACGAAUUAAGCAAAGUUUAGUACCUAUUCAGUGGGUCAAACGCAUUAAGAUCUAGUAGAAAUUUAUGUAAAUAGUGCAAUGUUUCAAUCCAUUCGUUUGCCAGUGCAGUUCUUAUGCAAACAGCUGAGGAUUUCUGCAGAAUGCGUACGAAAUUUCGGUGCUACUUCGCCUCUGACUGCAGGGCAUUCUAAAUGGCAAAAUAUUCGACACAUUAAAGCGCUCAACGAUGGGCGGAAGUCCGUUUUGUUUAUCAAAUUGGCCCGUCAGAUUCGAUUGGCUAUUCAAGCCGGAGGACCUAACCCAGCGCUGAACUCAACAUUACGGGCCACAAUCGACGAGGCUUUGAAGAAAAAUAUGCCCAACUCGACGAUUCAGGGUAUACUGAAGAAGUCGGCGCAAAAUCCAACCCAGCUCAAGAGGUUUACGCUCGAGAUGAAGGCAUUCAAUCAGAUCAAUAUCAUGUGCGUGCUCUACACGGAGAAAUUCACGCAGACGAAGAUGGAACUGGCUUCGGUUUUAAGAAGGAACCUCGCUAUGUACGAUGAUGUCAAACACCUGUUCGACGAGCAAGGAUUCGUGGAAGCAAUCGCACCGUCGGAAGCAUCGAAAGAAGAUUUGUUAUCCUGUUGUACUGAGCAUGCCAUCGAAGUGGGAGCCGAAGAUGUUGAAGUGAUGAGUGAAGAAAGCAAACUGAUUAGGUUUAUCUGUGCUCCAAUCGAUAUUGAGAAGGUGAAAACACAGCUGGAAAAGCUGAGUUACACAAUCGAGCAUAGCGAGCACGCUUACGUUCCAAAGAGCACCAUCAAACUGAACCCGGAUGCAACGUUGGCCUAUGAGAAUCUGAAAGAAAAGCUUCGAGCGAUUGAUGGAGUGGAGGACAUUUACGAUAACGUUGAAUUAGUUUAUAGUGAAUAAAGCAAGACCUGGUUGGGGAUUAUUUUUCCAACAAGUAAUAAUAAGCUUUUCAUUGUUGCAGCAUUUUUAUUUGAUUCAAUAUGUUCGUCGGGAAAAAAACUUACCUAAAGCUAUAGUUGCACGUGAAUGAAGUAUACAGACGUCCAGAGGUAUAUCGCGUCGAAACGACAGUUUGCUUACAAUCCAAAGAACUUGGGCAACGCUACGGAAUAUUGAAAAGCAAAAUUUUGGUGUCAAUUCCAGUGCGAAAGUACGACGUCGAAACGCAGGACAAUUUACAGCCUUAGAGCUAUGAUUCUAAUGAAACAAUUUAUUCCAAUCAGAAUUCGACGAUACCUCGACUAAGUGCGUUGAAACUGUUGCUGUUUUUUAUUCAACUAUUUGAUAUUAAGUACAAGUAAUAUUUCAUUAGACCGCUACAUCUAAAUGUUAGAUGGCAAGUUCAUUUUAAUGAUUUCACUCUUUGAUAUUGGAAUUUCCACGGGUUUUCUGCAAAAGAUAUUUAUCAAUUGCAAGUUCAAAAUGAUCGAAUAAA